UCGGGGAGCAUGAGCUGCAGGCGAGUGUCAGGGAUCACAUGCCUCCAAUCUCACAAGCUGAAUGCAGCUCACACCCAUAAGCCUCUUUGCUCUAUAAAACUUCUUCUGUCUCAGGCUCCUCUCUGCACUCCCAGCUGGUUUUUUCCAUGGGUCAAGGCGCCACAGUCAUCACCAAAACACAAGAUAAUUCUGCAAAAUGGAAUAGUUGAUCGGUCUAUGUCUUGACGAGCCAAGAGAAGCUGAGGAGUAGCCAAUGCUCUGUGCAGAUCAAGUGGCUUGAAAGGCAGAGCCAGGCAAUGCCUGAAGAUGCCUUGGAACAGACAGCAAUGCAAGCAUCAGCCUCUGCUGGGGUCAAGCCACGUCAACAAAAGCCUGUGGCAGCAAGACUGUGAGUACUGCCCCUUGCAGUGCCCUCAGCCACGUGGCAAGCAGUGCAUGCAGCAGUGCUUGGCCCUGUACCCACUGCACCAAAGUGUGUGUAAGGGCUCGCUGCCAGGCAUGACUGUGAGCCCACAGCACAUGUGCGUAGCUGAGUGCCUGAGGCCAUGUGAGAGCGAGAGCCUGCAGCCUGGGUGCACGGCCGAGCAACCCCUCCAGCAGCAUGUGAUCAACAGCCAGCUCUGCUGCGCACACACAGCUCAAAAUUGGCACCAGACGGCCAACAGCCAGCCUUGCUGCACCACCGUGACCACUGAGCCACAGCGGGUGACCAAGUGCAAGGCCCCCUGUGCACCCUCAGCCCCCAACCAAGAGUGUGUGAACAACCGCCCGCCAUGCGCGCCUUCGGCUCCCAACCAGAAGUGUGUGAACAACCGCCCACCAUGUGCCCCCUCCACCCCCAAUCAGAAGUGUGUGAAUAAUCGCCCUCCGUGCGGGCCCCCAGCUGCUAAUCACAGCUGCUGUACCAAAAGCCCCCCAUGUAAGCCUGAGAGCCCAGCAGAAGAGAGGCAGGAGGAGAGCCCACUGUGGGAGUCAGUACCUGAGCGCUUACAGCUGCAGGACAUGACUGACAGCCAGGGCAUGACCAAGUGCCCACAGCUGCUGUGCAUGAUGGAUGACCUGCCUUCAUGCAUGCACACCUGCCCAGCACUGAAGUGUAAGACCACAUGCCCUCCACCAAGCAGUGCCCAAUGCCCCGCACUGCAGCAGAGCCUUGCUAGCUGCCCUCCACUACAGGCCAUCCAGCACCCACCACUGCCAAGGGCUACCAACUGCUCCCUACCAUAUGAUGCCACGCACCUGCCGCCACCACAGCAGUGCUGGACCACGUGCCCACUCACGCAUCCAAGCAAUUCAACGUGCCCACUCUUGGAGCAAAGCAUCGCUACAUGCCAUCUGCCACCCUGUGUGAUGGAGGGCCUGCUGCCAGCCACAACAAAGUACCCGAGAGGGCGGCAGCACCUCCAUAAACACCUGCCACCAUCUUUCAUGACCAAGCGCUUCCCAUCAGGCAUGACUGCAGCAGCUCGACAGAGCUGUCUGACCAAAAGGCGCCGACAGCGCAUCCUCAGGCGCCCUUUACUGCGACCACGUAUGAAGUGCCCACUGCCACAGCAGUGCUUUGCUAUGCGCCCGCUGCCACCUAGUGCGUCUGAGUGUCUGUUGCCAGGCACAACUGAGUGCCCACCAGAGCAGCGUGCACCAGCGCAUCUGCCACAGCAACAUAUAGCCAAGGCCCAUCCCCAGGGGGUGACUGGGUUCCCUAAGUAUCAUAGAAAAUGAGGGUUUGAAGGCACCUUGGGAGGUCACAUCUAGUCCAACCCCCACCUCCCCUGCUCAAAGCAGGACCAGCUCCAGCUACAUCAUCGCAGCCAAGGUUUUGCCUAGUCGGGUCUUAAACACCUCCAAGCAUGGAGAUGCCACCACCUCUCUGAAUAGCCUGUUCCAGUGCUUUACUACCCUCCUCAUAAGAAGGUUUUUCCUAAUAUCUAACCUCAACUCCUCUUGUUGCAAUUUGAGUCCAUUGCUUCUUGUUCUGUCAUCUGCCACCACUGCUCCAUCCUCUUUUGAACCCCUCUUCAGGGAGUUGAAGGUUGCUAUUAAAUCCCCUCUCAGUCUCCUCUUCUCCAGUUCCCUUGCCUCUUUUCAUCAGUAUAUUCCCCAGCCCACUAACCAUUUUCACUGCCCUCCACUGGACUGUCUUCAAUUUUUCCACAUCCUUUCUGUAGUGGGGGGCCCAAAAGUAGGCACAGGACUUCAGAUGUGGCCUCCACAGUGCUGAAUAGAGGGGAAUAAUCCUUUGACCUGCUGGCAGUGCUCUAGCUGACCCAAUACUGCAUGCAUUCAUUCUUCAGUCAAUGUGUAGUAAGUUAAAUCUCCCAUAAUGAUAUAAACCCUGGUGAUGUUUAUUUCUUGAAUAAUUUUACCUAGAUAGUUAUCCAGCCUGGAUUUUGGAAGUUGAUUGCUGGGCCCCAUCACAAAUUCAAUAAAAUCUCUUUGACCAGCCAGACAUAAAUUGUUGUACCUGUGCCAUCCCAUCUUCUUUUUAGACAAUUAUUCCAUUAAUGUACAGUACUACCCAAGCCCAUUUGUACUUGAACCCCUCAUCCUAAACUAAUGAGCUUUUAAUGAUAAAAUGAGGAGAUCCUGGUCUAUUGGCCAAAGGUUGUAGUAGAUUCACGAACCAUUUAUGUAGUAGAUUCCCCAAUCAUUUAUACAGUCCAGCCACAAGAGGGAGUCUGAAUACCACAGUCAAGACAAGUAGGUUAUAUGGGUGUACAGCAGGCGGGACUCUAGCGCCUGCCUCUGCUUUGCAUAAAUUAAGGCUGGAUUCUUAUCUUGCAUAAUACAGCCCAGCUUGUCAUCAAAUAGCUACAUCAGAUGACACUCCAGACCUUCCUUCGGGUAAACGCCUAUUUGGAUAAAGAUAGGGGCUGGGCUGGUGGGCAAGGAGGAUCCCUGAACUUUUGAAAAUCUACCCUGGACCCUCUAUGGUUUUGAUCCUGUCUAACAGGGAAGAUUUCAUGCCAUGGAGAGUUGCCAGGACAAGGCAUUGCUUGCAUUUUCUACAUAGUGCAUUUGACCCCAUGGGUAUUUCACCCUGAACUUUAUGGUUCCCAUAUAAAUGGGUGCAUACACACAUACUAACUUUCUGACAGUUAAUCUGACUUAACUUUUAAAGUUGACUUAACUGUUAGAGUGUACACACUAGGUGGAGCAGAGUCAACUUAAAUGCAACACAAGAUAGUACACUUCUGAGGUGUAGUAUCUUGAGUCACAUUAGUUAAGUCAACUUAGCUCACAAGAUGGCUGCCACCAUGUCAAGAAGCUGUAUGUGUAUGUGCUCUGAUGUGGCUUAACUUGAUUCAACUUAAUUAAGUCGCCUUAUUUUAAGUCGACUUAGUAUGUGUGUACGCCCCCUAAAAGAUGAAUCUUUGCCAUCAGGCCAAAAUCUUUGAAUCUUUGCCAUCAGGAUUUGCAAAGAAGUUUAAGGAAGUCAGAUACCAGAAUGAUCAUGGGUGCUUAACUCAUAGAGUGUUGGUUGUAGCCGUCUGAUAUCUUUAAGAUACCAAAUUUACCCAAAGAACCUUGUCUAACUCUCAUAGGCUGUUUUGAAAAUCUCAGGUCAAACUCAUUUUAUUGUGAACAUCCAGUUUGGGCUAUCAAGGGGUGGAGCAACAAGAAUUUAAGUGCAGAAGGGUCUCCCCAUGGACUUCAGUGGGGGCUCUGGGACCAACCCCAACCCCUGAGAGCUGCUUUUUUCUAAACCUUUAGCUUCUCUUUCUGUAAUUUAUUUCUAAACCAUACUUCAUUCACCUUGUGCAUUGAAGAACAAGUCCUUGUCUAGUAAUCCACCCAUGUUGUAUGAAUAAGCACUGAGUGCAGCAUGGUCUAAUUAUGGGUGCUUUCGGUUUUCAGAGACCAGCUUAAUAUAACUGGGGUCUGGUUUCCAUAAAUGAUGACCCUCUUCAGUGCCAACUUCAGUCAGUUUUCUCGAAAGCAAACCAACAUUGGUCAUUUUUUAUUUAAAAUAAAUAAAAUAAUAAAAUAACAUUAUAUGUUUGUCUUGGCCUUAAAAAGAACGCAAACAAGAACAUCUCCCCUGAACAAGGUGGGGUGGAAGGGAUAGAAAUGAGAGUGCAAAUAGGAAAUGUUGAUAUCAUUUUUGGUGUUGUCAUAUUCUAGUAGCUGCAAUGAUGCUGGGAAAGUGUGGGAGGCCAGAUUUAUUUGGUGAUAUUCUUUAGUCUGCAUUUUUUCUUUCCCAGACCUGAGGAGGGGCAUCUUGUACCUGCAAGCUUGUCUAACAACUCUUCCAGCCAAAAAAUGUUGACCCAAUAUAAUACGUUACCAAACAACUCUGACUUCUUUUAUAGGAAAAAUUAUAGGAUCAUAGGAAAAUAGGGCUGGAUAAGAGAUCUCAUGAGGGCAUCUGGUCCAGCCCCCAGCUCAAGGCAGGGUCAGCCCUGAAUAAACCACCACAGCCCUGUUUCGGUUCAACCUGCUUUUGAAAGUUUCCAGAGAUGGGAUUUCCACAGCUUCUCGAGAUAGUCUGUUCCCAAAUGGGUGCAGUUAUCCAAACUCUGAAAAGAAAAGCAAAUAAAGAUGCAUGUCAAAUUGAUAUGAAUUAAAACGUCAUUGUUUUCCCCUGUUUUUAGCAAUGUCAGCAUGCUUUUGUUUUGUUUUGUUUUUAAAUAAGGUUGUUUAGAUUUGAAGUUAGUCCCGGGGAAAAGCUAUUUCAGGUGGUUGUUGCUUUGGUUCAUCUUCAAAAAUUAUUCUCAUUACACCUUCCUGUUUUUGUUCCAGUGUUGUUAAUCGGUGGGUGGUAAUUUCCAGCAGAAAAAAAAUACCAGGCCUCUCCUACAUGAAAGUGUUUUCCUGGUUUAACGAUCUGGCCUGAUAUGGGGAAACUGGGAUACUAAAUAUCAUCUUUUCCAGACCUUAAACAUUGUUCACAUAUGAAAAUAAAAGCUACUUGGAGAUCA